AUGGCAGACGACUUAUUAUUCUCUUCCAAACUCGACCGCAUUCUGCGCCUAAAUCACCGCUUGACUAUGCUCAUCAACAAUCUAGCUCAGAAAACAGGAGACAUAGACAUCACCCAAGAAGUCAAGAACCUCCUCAAGCAACUUUAUGACAGCUUCUCUAGACUUUCCGACGUCCUCAGCAGAAAUCUUCGGUGCCUGGCGUUCCUUCUUCCAACCUAUCAGGCACUGCGGCAACUUCCCUCCUGCGGAGAGUUCGUCGCAGCGAGAUUGCUUCUCUUCACUGGAUGGACGUUUACUCAGGCACCUGGGCUGAAACUGAAGUACAAGGGGGAAGUGGUCCAAGAGACAAAACCCUUGCACGAAUUCAUCGCCGAUCUCGAUGAUGCACUCCUUGAGCCGUUAACGAAGAUGUGGGAGCUCAGUCAAUCUCGCGAGCGAUUCGACUGGAUAUACACAGAUUUUAAUAUCACCCACUAUGAUGAGAUGAGCGAAGCGCUUGCACUUUCUCCACAAGAGCUCAAAGAUCUCGAUGGUAUUCGAGGACCGAUCCCCCGGUGGGACUGUGGUGAGCAAGACUGGGAUGAUUUCGAAUGGAAGGAAAAGGGUUCUGAUGGUCCUCUAAAUGACUUGUUGGAGUAUAACUACCGGGACGAUGAUGCACCUGAUGUGAACUUCGCCAAUAACUUUCAUAUCUUUCGCCGAUCGCAUCAAUUUUGCCUGGAUGCCAGGCAAAAGUCUGAAGCCCACAUCGGGCGGCAACAGCAUCAAAUAUUUGACGACGUCGCGCGUCACCUUGGUCUCCCUCCGGAAAUGCGCAAUAGAAUCCUAAGCUACGUCGAAUACCGCGACCCAUUUCCAUACCUGGAGAAGAUCGAUCUCGCAGAGGCAUAUGUUCCCUUCCCUAAAGUCGGGGAGCACUGCACCCGCUGCGGCGCCAUCGAAGGAGAAUCGACCGCCCAACGAACUUGUCCUCAGAAAGCCAUACACGUAUGGAACCUGGCCUUGCGACGAUUCCACACAUUCCAUAGGAACAGCUGCAAACAAUGGUCUCUUUGCACCCAACACGACUGCACCGGGCACCACGAUGACGAAGAAGACUGGGAAGUCGCAGGAGAGCCUGAGUUUACCAGAUACCUUGAGUCCCUAGCUGCACGAGGCAACGAUGAGUUUGCAUCUCUUGAUCAAGUUGGCCUUGGGCCCAUGCACCCCAUCCGACUAGAGGUAGAAGCCGACACCGCAAGGGAAUAUGCGCUUUUCGGAGGCAACGGUAUCUACGGCGACUCAAGUGAUGAUGCAAGGAUGAUAGGAGGUCUCGGGGGAUUGAAGGACGCCAUGAUCCACGGACGUACCCUAAUCACUGCAUGGGAGGGAUAUGACGAUGAUUCCAUUUUCUAUGUCGGUGCUCAAGCCUGGGAACCGUCUUGGCAGUACGGUCGUAAUUUGUACGAUGAGAAGGUCGCCACAGUGGUUAUCAAAAGGCUACACUCGGAGGAUGAAUGUGAGUCAUGUGUAGAGGCAGAGGAACAAUUCGAUGAGUUCCCAUUGAUUUCUGUUUGA